GUUUGCCGCCGUGUCGUGUGCUGUAAGCAUCUCUGUGUCUUUAUUCUCUGUGAAGCUCAACAACUCAAACCAUCAUCAUGAGUGCCGCCGAUGUCGCCCCUGCCCCCGUGACCCUGGAGCCGACCAAGGAAGAGGUGAUCGCUGAGGUCGUGGAGGAGAAGGCCGCGUCCGACGAGAACAAGGAGAACGAAGCUGCUCCUGAGAACGAGCAGGCUGAAGAGAAAAAGGAUGAGAUCAAAGAAGAGGUAGCCGAGGAGAAGAGCGAAGAAAAGGCUGAGGAGAAGGAGGCUGAAGCCAAACCCGAAGAAGCAGCACCUGCUGAAGAGAAGGAAGAGGCCAAGGAAGAGGCAGCUGAAGAGAAGAGCGAAGAGGCUUCAGCAGCGGCAGCUGAGGAGGAGAAGAGCGAGGAGAAGGCCGAGGAGAAAUCAACAGAGGCGGAAGAGAAGAAAGAAGAAUCUUCGUAACGCGUCGUGGCGGACCGCUGCUGUCCAUGCAGGAGAAAAAUUCGUACAAAUUCUUCACAAUGGAGCAUCAGGCACCUCAACCAUCCAAACGACAUCAGGUUGAAAUUUAUUUCAGUAAAGAAUUGUCUAUGAUUUGAACAGAUAUGCAAGGAAUUGACGUCAUUUUUUGCAUGUAUUGCAAUACUUUGGCUUGUAAAAUAAAAGGACAUAUUCUUUUGGAAAGGAUAUAUUCCUCUUUUCCAUAUAAGGAUUUUGACUAAAAAAUGUAAAGGACAUUUUCCGGGAUUCCAGUACUAACAAAUCUCGUAGCAAAUCAAUGGAACUGUUCAAUGUUUUGCUAUAGCCUGCUUGUUUACAUUGUGUAGAAUUUUUGUGGCUGUUGAUCUCCUGUAAGGACACUCUGUACAUUUGUUAGGGUUACGGCAAGAAACUGCCAGCGGCAAAAUCAGUCCUUAUAUCGUGCCUGCCAAAUAGUGACUUAUAUUUUCUAUACUCAGAAUAUGCUAAUAAUAUCGAGUGGAUAAAACUUUGACUUGGCGUUCAGCAAAAUCAGGGAAAACGUCGAAACACUUUAAAUUUUAUUCGAACUUAAAAUUUUGUUGUAUUAUUCUAAAGUGAGGGAUUGGAUUUCUAACGCUUUCAUCCCAGGAUACGCAAUAAUUGCUCGUAUAAAAAACUUGGUUAUCCCUUAAUUCAAAACCAUUGAAUUUUUGCUAUAGAUAUCAUGGUAGCGAUGACACGGACAGAUGGCGCUGUGAAGGCUUAGGUAGAGAGCAGGCACCGUUCCCUAGUCGGCUGUGUAGAGUUAGCCAAACUGUGAAAGAAAAACGGAGUCUGGGGCUGAACGCGUUCAAGUGUUCGUAAGUCGUAAUAUUAUGUAUUUUAUUUGGAUUUUAGAAUGGAAUUUGUGUAACUAACAAAAAGGACACUUGGAUGCAACAAUGGUGUAUGAAUUUUGUUAUACCUAAAUUAUUUUCUCGAUGAAAUUCUGUAAUUUACAAAAUGUUCCAACAAUUUGAGUAGAAGCACAGGUUUCUUUACAUUAUAUACAACAAAUGACAGUGCGCACCUAGCAGACCAGGUGUAGUUUCAGAUUUAAAUUAAACUUUAACGUAAGGCAAAACUGAUUUUAGAUAUUGUUAUAUUGCGAGAAGUUACCAGUAGAAACAGUAAGUAAUAAAACUAAAUAUUGUCAUACAAUAAAUUGGUUACGGUUUAAAUAAAAUUACUCGGAAUUCAGAAUUAGGCUACAUGAUAUUUCCGAUAUUUUACGUACAUUGAAUUUGAAAUUUGCAAUCGAACGCGGUUGGCCUGAAUGAAUACCCAAAACAACAAAUAACUUUUUUCUUAGCCAUUGAGCUUCCAAACAUGUUUUAGUAUUUUUGCAGUAGCUUAAAGCACAUGCCAGUAGGAUGUCAUAUACUCUUUAUAUAGCUUAUUAGUGUGUGGGGUCUUCCGCUCCUAUGGUUUUCCUAUCUCAAAUAACCAGAGGUUCCUGAUCGCAAGAUCGGUACCUCGCGCUUAGCUUUUAAGUGCUGCUUGAGGCUUUAAUUUUGGCGAAAUUUCCACCAUUGUGCCUUCUAAUAUUAUGAUUUAACUUUAUUUUUGUUUGUCGAGUUCAAAAGCCAGGAUAAUGUUAGAGUAGAGAUUUGAAAUAAUUUAAAUUCUUUUAAUUUUCUAAUUUUUUCAGUUACUUUUACAGUUUUACGGUUUUGAAUGC